GCCCCGUUCGCAUUCACAGGCUGUGCAGCCCGGGGCCUUCUGCGAUCACCCCGGGAGCUGGCCCAGAUAUACGUGCGUCACGCCCAUCACUCCUCCCUAAGUUAGUAUCCGCAGAGAUUCGGGGCCAUGCCGUUGGUCCUGUUGCAGAACUGGUGCAGAGGGGAGCAUCUGGACAUCCAGAGAUGCAUCCUCGUCCUGGGGAUCCCCGAGGACUGUGGCGAUGAUGAGGUUGGGGAGACCCUUCAGGAGGCCCUCAGGGACCUGGGCAGAUACAGGCUUAUUGGCAGGAUGUUCAGGAGGGAGGAGAACGCCCAGGCGUUUCUACUGGAGCUCGAACAAGAUGUGGACUAUGCUUUGGUCCCCAAGGAAAUAGCAGGAAUGGGGGGCCCCUGGGAAGUGGUUGUAAAGCCUCGUAACUCAGAUGGCGAAUUUCUCAGUAGACUGAACCGCUUCUUAGAGGAGGAGAGGCGGUCGGUGGCAAACAUGAACAGAGUCCUUGGGUCAGACAUAAAUUGUUCAGUUCAGAAAGUGGCUAUCUCACCAGAUUUCUGGCCCUGGGCCCACACCCUGGAGUCAGCCAUGCAGCCUCUGCUAGAACAAAUGCUGUACCGAGAAUUGAGAGUGUUUUCUGGGAACACCAUCUCUAUCCCAGGCGCACUGUCCUUUGACGCCUGGUUCGAGCACACCACUGAGAUGCUACAGACGUGGCAGGUGCCCGAGGGGGAGAAGCGGAGGCGGCUGAUGGAGUGCCUGCGGGGCCCUGCUCUGCAGGUUAUCAGUGGGCUCCGUGCCAACAAUGCAGCCAUAACUGUAGAUGAGUGUCUGGCAGCCCUGCAGCAGGUGUUUGGACCUGUGAACAGCCGGAAAAUUGCCCAGGUCAAGUUAUGGAAGGCCUAUCAGGAGGUAGGAGAGAAAGUCUCUAGCUUUGUGUUACGCUUGGAGCCCCUGCUCCAAAAAGCUGUGGAAAAAAAUGCAGUGUCACGCAGGAAUGUGAAUCAGACUCGCCUGCAACACGUCUUAAGUGGGGCUGCCCUUCCUGAGAAACUUCGAGAGAAGCUGAGGAUGAUGAAGCAGCGAAGGAAUCCCCCUGGUUUCCUGGCCCUGGUGAAGCUUCUGCGUGAGGAGGAGGAGUGGGAGGACACCGUAGGUCCAGGGAAGGAGAUCCUGGAAGUGAGCGCCAGGCCAGCUAUCAGGGUCUGUGGGCUUGGGGCCAUGCCUAUCCCUGUCUCUGGCAACGGUUUUGAGGCGAGGCCUUACCAGGGUUCCCGGCGCCGGAGGGGCAGAGGCCAACAGCGAAGGGGGGGCAUGCCCAGAGCUGGCUCUCAAGGUUCAAGAAAACGGAGAUACCACACCUUCUGCUAUGGCUGUGGAGAGGAUGGCCAUAUCAGGGUGCAGUGUAUCAACCCUGUCAACCUGCCCUUGGUAAAGCAGAAGAGAGAGGCUGCCAAAGAGUCGGGAAACGGGAACUGGGCUUGGGACAAGAGCCAUCCCAAGUCCAAGGGCCAAUAGGCUCAGGAGAACAAGGCAUCACUUCGUACCACAGGCCGAGGAGACACAUGAGAUAUUGGAAUGAGGGGGAAGGGAAGCCCAGACCAACAGCUGGGGAUUUGAGUGGGGCGGAGGGACAGGGCAGCCAGGCUGAGGCUGUGCCCUCUUACUCUCCGCCUGCUGGAAGGGAGGCCGCCAGCCAAGGCCAAACAGCACAUGGGUCAGUGAGGGCCAGGCCCAGGGCCCUGAGGGGCCGUGGGAGACACAGGCAUGGAGCCAUCACACCAGCCCCGUGGGGUCCCCACACCUCAGAUUGGGACCUCAACCGAGCAGGGGCUGCAGGUGUUUCAGCUGGGGGCUCUGGCCUGGGCAUCGGCCCAAGCGUUGGGCCACCCCCUGAUACCCACCCUCUGGGCUUUGAGCUAAGCUUGCCCAUUGGCCUGCAGGCCACGUGGGGCCUGGAGGAGCCUGACCCGGGGCUGCCCCUGCCCAGGGGAGCCAGGGCUGGCCAGGAAGAGCAGGCAGAGAGGGGAGGACCCACAGGGUCCAACCCGUCUUCUGGAUAAUCUACACUGCCCCAGGAAGGCAUCGCCCUCGAAACUCUCUGUCCAAGCGAGGGCAGGAGACCCCCAAACCCUGGGAGCCCAGCACCAGCCAGAAGCAGUUUCCACCCCCUGUGGUAUGACAGGACUGAGCAGACAAGAAGACCAAAGACUGAAGAGAAGACGCCCAGCGUGAAUGU